AUGUCCCAGACCUUUCACUCCAAACGUAUAGACGAUCUGUGGGAGUUCAUUAGGGACCACUCACUUCAUCCCCGUACAGUUAGACGCCUUGAGCGGACGGGAUUUUACCGGAUUAUAGAGAUCGGCCGGUUGCAGUUCGACUGGCUCUUGAUCACGGCUAUGAUAGAGCGGUGGCGACCGGAGACGCACACAUUUCAUCUACCUAUCGGCGAGACUACCAUCACGCUAGAGGACGUGGAGGUUAUAUUCGGGUUGCCCAUUGAUGCCUGCGGAGCCGAUUGCUUGAGUGGUGCCAGUAGAUUGCAGUUGUCGCCCAUUAGGCAACAUCUGCUGGCGUUGCACGUGGAGAUUAACGAUGACUCAUCGGAAGAGGAUAUCGAGCGGCAGAUGAGGCUGUUGCUGCUGAUGAUGUUUGGUGAUAUUCUAUUCCCGAACACUUCGGAAAACCUAGUUAGCUUGCGAUUUCUGCAUCAUCUGGAGCAACUAGAUGAGUUACCUACUUACAUUUGGGGUGGAACUGUUCUAGCCUACCUUUAUAGGCAGAUGUGCCGGUCGUCCAUGGGCACCACUAUUGGCUUACACCAGUUCCACCAGUUAGGACUGAAGAUGCUUCAACAUGCAGGCGACGGAGUGGCAGUUAUGCACGGAUUUGGUCGUCGGGUUGCUGAUCUUGCUGCUGACACAUUGAGAUAUGCCUGA